GGUUCCGGAGUAACAGUGCCCUCGCCGCCGCCUUCCCCCUCCUACCGCCGCCUUCCCCCUCCUGCCGCCGCCGCCGCCGCCGCCGCCGGGACGCGCGGCCUCGGGUUGCAGGUUCUGAGUCGCGCGCGCCGUGCACUCUGGCUCGGGGUGGGGCAGAGGACUCGCCCCCGACCCUCCCGCGGAGGGCCCCCUCAGCUUUCUUGUGGUCCGGCGGCCCUGGGGCUCCUUCCUAACAGCCCCGGACUGAGUCCCCUCAAGCCGGGGACCCACCCCGCUCCUUUAAGGAGGAGUGGACACCUGCCGCCGUAUCUCUAAAACGGCGUCUUCUCUGUGCCGUCCCCUCACACCCACACAGACGGCAGAGAGCUGCAAGAUGCCGUUUGCUCUCUUUUCCAACUCCAGAACCUUCUGAUCUCCGCUAGUUCCUACUGGCUCCUGCCCCUUGCCCCGUCCACGCUCACAGGGAGACAUCCCUCAACCUCAUACAGCCUGGGCCUGGCUCCGAGCCUGCGGGCUGCUUCCGGACCACCUCCUCUCUUCUCUCCCCCUCUCCCUCUGUCCUCUGACCCUCAGUCCCCUUGUCACCUCUUCGAGCCCCCGCCUAACCAGGAGCCAGGGGGUUCCCCCCUACCAGGAUGUGAGCCCCUUUAACCUGUAAUGCUGUGGCUGGCCCUUGGCCCCUUCCAUGCCAUGGAGAACCAGGUGCUGGUGAUUCGCAUCAAGAUUCCAAAUAGUGGAGCCGUGGACUGGACAGUGCACUCUGGGCCGCAGCUACUCUUCAGGGAUGUGCUGGAUGUGAUAGGCCAGGUUCUGCCUGAAGCAACAACCACAGCAUUUGAAUAUGAAGAUGAAGAUGGUGAUCGAAUUACAGUGAGAAGUGAUGAAGAAAUGAAGGCAAUGCUGUCAUAUUAUUAUUCCACAGUAAUGGAACAGCAAGUAAAUGGACAGUUAAUAGAGCCUCUGCAGAUAUUUCCAAGAGCCUGCAAGCCUCCUGGGGAACGGAACAUACAUGGCCUGAAGGUGAAUACCCGGGCUGGAUCCUCUCAACACAGCAGCCCAGCAGUCUCAGAUUCACUUCCAAGCAAUAGCUUGAAGAAGUCUUCUGCUGAACUGAAAAAAAUAUUAGCCAAUGGCCAGAUGAAUGAACAAGACAUACGAUAUCGAGACACUCUUGGUCAUGGCAACGGAGGCACAGUCUACAAAGCAUAUCAUGUUCCAAGUGGGAAAAUAUUAGCUGUAAAGGUCAUACUACUAGAUAUUACACUGGAACUUCAGAAGCAAAUUAUGUCUGAAUUGGAAAUUCUUUAUAAGUGUGAUUCAUCAUAUAUCAUAGGGUUUUAUGGCGCAUUUUUUGUGGAAAACAGAAUUUCAAUAUGUACAGAAUUCAUGGAUGGGGGAUCUUUGGAUGUAUAUAGAAAAAUUCCAGAGCAUGUCCUUGGAAGAAUUGCAGUGGCGGUCGUUAAAGGCCUUACUUAUUUGUGGAGUUUAAAGAUUUUACAUAGAGAUGUGAAGCCCUCUAAUAUGCUAGUAAACACAAGAGGACAAGUGAAGCUGUGUGAUUUUGGAGUUAGCACUCAGCUGGUGAAUUCUAUAGCCAAGACGUAUGUUGGAACAAAUGCUUAUAUGGCGCCUGAAAGAAUUUCAGGGGAGCAAUAUGGAAUCCAUUCUGAUGUCUGGAGCUUAGGAAUCUCUUUUAUGGAGCUUGCUCUUGGGAGGUUUCCAUAUCCUCAGUUAAAGCCAUCAGAUAAGUGGAGGAGAAAUCAUCCAAGUUGUUAGGUUCAAGAGUGCCAGUCUCACUUUUCAAAUUUGUAGGAUUCUUUGUUUAAACAUAAUCUUUUCCUUAAAGAGAAGAUCCGAAAUGUAAUCACUUGGCAUGCAUGCUCGCAUUUACUGAGAUUUUACUGUGUACAGCCUUGCUGCUUAGCUCUAGGUAGCCCAUCAAAUUAAAAUCACAUUUUCCGGAUUUAUAGCUCAUUAGAAUAUUUAUCUUGGUAAGCCUCUUAUUCUGUCAGUAAUUUUUAAACAAUUCACUGUUUGGCCAAUGUAUGCAAUACCCUCAAAUUUUGUAAAUGAAGAGAAGAGGCACUAUAUAACUUCUCUCUCAAACAAGUCUUAAUAGAAAACUUGUAUAAGCCAUUUAAGAAAAAAAAAAAAAAUACCAAAGAUUGGGAAUGUAGCUGUAUUCUUGAGAUUCCUAAUGCCUAGAGUAUUUAAUCAGUGAGAUUUGAUAAGUGAUAAGUCUAAGAAAUGAUUGCAUUUGACAAAUGAAGCUUUUGAAGGCUCUGGUCAAAUUUAGAAAGAGGCUGUCUACCUUUGCAGUAUUGUUUUCUGGAAUGUUUAAGUAUAUGUUUACUUGAUCAGUCGAGUGGAAGUUGGAAAAUUCGAAUGCGCUGAACUCCCUAGGUAGCAAUCACUGUUAUGCCAGAGUGAGGGGAAAACUGUAUUCCUUGAAUCGUGAUAGAAUAUUGUCACCAAAUUGGGACUUUCAUUUCAAAUAAUAGAAGCAGCUUUGAUGCCAUCAGGCCUAUUUCCCAGGUCUUCCAACAGAAGUUUGUGCACUUCAUUGCUGGAAUCAGUAAUGACUUUUGAUGGAGUUGGCAUUUAUUUUACAGGCUUUGUACUAUAGACUGAAGAUUGGGAAAGGUUACUUCAUAGAUUCCUUUUCUACCCUUUUGCCUUCAAAUAAAGCACAUGAAGAAAAAUGUUUAUUUUUAUAGUAUCGCAGGGACUGGAUUAUGAAAUAAUACCUUCUCUUUGGUCCAUAUUGUCUCAUUUGAACCCCUAACCACUCUGUGUGAAAGCCUCCCCGCAUAAAUUGGACAAACAGGAUGGCUGAUUUGCUCAUUGUUGUACUGUAGCUGGUUUGGGGCCAUUGAAUAGGCCCCAUGGAAUAGGCAGGAGUGAAUCACACACUCUCAGGAGUGGAAAGUGAUCUCAGACAACAUCGAAUCAAACCUCUCCACAAUAUCUCUGAAAAGCAAAGUUGAACGCCUCCAGUGAUAGGUAACUCACUAGUGUUUACAAAGCAGCCAUAGAGUCAAAGCUUUAUUUACCGGGCUGAGGACUGCCUCAUCUUAAUUAUUACCCACUGGUCUGGCCCUUGAACACACGAAAGAUUUUCAUAUAUCCUUAAGAUCUCACAGUUUUGCAUCCCUUCUGUACCCAGGGCUGGGUACUCAAAGUCAAAUCAGGGAACCAGAUCUCAGCUGCCUUCACUAGCGGCAAGCUGAGGAGACUGGCCUGUUUGAAAGAACUCUAGACCAGGAGCCAGAAGAUUAGGAUUAGAACCCAGGUCUAACAAGCUCCGGUCACUGCAGGCCUUAAUUCUUGCUUUGGCCUGUUUCGUCAUCUCUAAAUGAGCAUCCUGAUACCUACCUUUCCUAUGUGAUUAGAAGUAUGCAGAUCAAAUAAGAUUAUGGAUAUGAAUUUCUAAUCCUCAACCAAAGGUUGCAAGAGGAUGUGCUCGCAACCUGCCAGCUGCAGCUGGAGCAGAGUGUAAAAUGAGCAGAAGGGAAAGAGGGGAGGUGAGGCCAGCGU